AGAUGGAAAGAGAGAGUGAGAGAGGGGUUGGGCACAAUUGGGACAGUUCCCUCCUUCCCAGCAGGGGAGUGUUUGAAAUAAAAGAAGUGAAUGAUAAGAGACGACUGAAGGAGAGAGAGAUCAUAAAGAGUUAAAAGAUGCAGAGAGAAGCAGAGGGCAAGACAAUAACAGAGUGAACAAAACAAAGAGAACGGAGCAGAAAAAAGAGAAAUGCAAGCAAUAUUAUAAACACAGAAGACAGACCAAGAGAAGAAUUUGCUGCAACACUGACCUGAGCAGGAUUAUAUUACACUGCACUGCAUGCGCAUAUACACACACACACACACACACACACACACACAAGAGGUGUGUGAUGCUGACAUCAGGUAGACACCAUUUGUGUGUGUUAUUUCUGAGCAGAGGACGCCGAGAGUGUGUGUGUGUUUAAUCCUUGCUAGAGUCACAUAGUGUGUGUGUGUGUGUGUGUGUGUGUGUCAGACAGCCAUGAGGAGGAUGCUGUCUCUCUUUUGCCUAAUUUUGGCACCUCUAACGGACGCAUGGAGACCAUCACAACCACGACUGCACUUCCAACACUCAGAGCUGGUGCAGAGCGGCAGGCUCAUGUCUCUCUCUGUGCCUGCUGGGGAUCUGAACACUCUGCUGCCGGAUGAAGACAGUCGUCGCCUUUACAUUGGUAUGAAGGACCAUCUGCUGUCCACCAGCCUGGAUGAUAUUACUCAAAUCCCCCCACAAGGUAUGUACACACCCACACACACUAUAUACUGGCCUGCAAAUCCAGAACGGAUCCAAGAAUGUAUAAUGGCUGGAAAAAACUUGCAGAUGGACUGUGCUAACUUCCUGCGUGUGUUAGAGCUUUAUAACCAAACACAUCUUUACGCAUGUGGAACUGGAGCGUUCAACCCUCGCUGUGCCUUCAUCCCUACAAACCUCUUCCUCAGGGCCGAGGAGCAAACGCUGCCAUAUGAAGACACUGAAUCAGGGAAGGGAAAAUGUCCGUACGACCCUCGCCAGAGAACAGCUACCGCCAUCAUAGACGGUGAGCUGUACGCUGGCAUCUCAUCUGACUUUCUUAGUCAUGAUACUGCUUUUAUUCGGAGUCUGGGGGAGCGGCAUGUGAUUCGUACUGAACAAUAUCACUCUACAUGGCUGCAAGGCGCUGAAUUUGUACAUGUUGCAGCGAUGUCAGAGAGUGAUAAUGAGGAGGAUGAUAAGGUCUACGUGUUCUUCACUGAGCGCGCACAGGAGGCAGAAGGGGCUGCUGGGAAGGUCCUCUAUUCUAGAAUCGCCCGUGUCUGUAAGAAUGAUAUUGGUGGUCAGCGUAGUUUGGUUCAUAAAUGGAGCACCUUCCAGAAAGCUCGUAUUGUUUGCUCCGUACCAGGUCCUGACGGCAUACACACACACUUUGACAAACUCCAGGAUAUUUUCAUUCAACGUGGAAAGGACAAAACGAACCCCCUCAUCUAUGGGCUCUUCACCACUACAAGCAAUAUCUUGAAUGGAUCUGCUGUGUGCGUGUACCGCAUGCAGGACAUUAUUAGAGCUUUUAAAGGAAACUUCCUUCACAGGGAGGGACAACAGUACAAGUGGACAGAGUAUACAGGCCGAGUUCCCUAUCCCAGACCUGGCACAUGUCCCAGCAGGACAUACGGAGGCUUUAAAUCAACGAGGGAAUAUCCUGAUGAAGUUAUCUUCUUUAGCCGCACACAUCCUUUAAUGCAGGAGCUGGUGCAUCCUCUUGGGGGUCAUCCUUUGCUGAUCAGAGUGGGCGUGUCUUAUAAACUGACCCGCCUCCUUGUGGACAGAGUGGAGGCGGUAGAUGGACAAUAUGACGUGUUGUUCAUCGGCACAGAUUCUGGCCUGGUUCUGAAAGCGAUUCACCUUCCAAAAUCUAAUGGACAAAAUCAGGAGGUCACUCUGGAACAGCUUCAGGUUUUUAAGAACAAGUCACCAAUCACUGCCAUGACGAUGUCCAAGAAAAAGCAGUGGCUGUUUGCUGGAUCAGCAGAGGGUGUGGUUCAGUUGCGUCUGUUCCACUGUGAUCUGUACGGCCAGGCCUGCGCUGAAUGCUGUCUCGCUAGAGACCCAUACUGCACUUGGGACGGGCACUCUUGCAGCCCAUACAUGCCAUCUGCACACAGAAGAAAUAUUCGUCAGGUUAAUGAUGACGGCAACCCGCUGAACCAGUGUGUCAGACAGGGAGCUGGUCUUCAGGUGGAGGCAGAGGAGAAGACACUAGUUGUUGCUGUGGGUAACAGCACCUACCUAGAGUGUCUACCCAAAUCUCACCAUGCCACCGUCACCUGGUAUAAAGACAUAGGCGAGAACAGCUUGGAGCAACAUAAGGUCACAUCUGGGGAGCAGCUGGUUGUCAUCAACAGAGGCAUCCUCAUUCCCCGGACUGAGCUCAAUCAUGGCGGCGUUUAUCACUGUCAGCUAGAAGAGCAUCAGUUCCGCUGGACGGCCGUUACUAUUCGUUUAAUUGUGUGGAGCCCCGCCCUGCAGCCCUUCCUUGGUCCCGCGCAGCCAUGGUACCAGGAUGUGAUGGCACUGAUCAACCACAGCAAACUGGAGCGACGCUGCAAAGAACUCAGCCAACGUCACAACAACAAGGAAUCGGAGAAUCACAAGCAUAACAAACAAGACAGAAAGAGAGCAGACCGGCACAAGCACAGAGGAGGGGGAGAGAAAGAGAAAGGGAGGGGGCGGAAGAACCGGAGCAGAAUGCAGAGUUCAGCACAGAGGCUGCCGAGGAGCGCAUAGACAGUCUCCUACGCAGUUGAUGCAGUCCAGCACUUCCGUGUUUAAGUCCGAAUGCCAGCUCAGUAUUGUCCAACGCUGUUCACGUGAGCAGCACGACGGAUGCGUGUGAUGCUGACGCAGGAGCCAGCCAAUACAGAGUCGGCUUUGUGAAGUAGAACCUGCAAUGUGUCUUCAAUGUAAACUGCAUAGGAUACUGAGAGGAAACUGUUGAAUAAAGUUGUUAUUUUUGUUUUAUUUUUGUGCGCAAAACAUUUUCUCGUUGCUUUAUAACAUUAAGGUUGAACCACUGCGGUCACGUCGACUAUUUCAAUGAUGUCUUUAUUACUUCUCUGGACCUUGAAUGUGGAAAUUUUGUUGCUUUCUAUCAACAACAAAAAAAAAAAACUCUCAGAUUUCAUCACAAAUAUCUUAAUUUGUGUUCCGAAAAUGAACGAAGGUCUUACGGGUGUGGAACGACAUGAGGGCGAGUACUUAAUGACAGAAUUUUUAUUUUAGUUUGAACUAACCCUUUAAGAAUGAUCUGGAAAGGGUGUGGUCAAGAAAAGUGUUUACUUUAAUAUUAAAAACGAAUUAAUUAUUUGAGGACUGUGUUAAACAUAUCUGAAAAAUCUUCUAAAGCAAGGGAGUGUCUCCAAAUGAUCCUCUGUUGAAUUAAAGAGAAAUCUUCCAAAGUUAGGGAGCAUCUGAAAAAGUUCUUUGUUUUAAAAAGACUUCAGUGUUGAUGGCACUUUUUCAUCUGUACUGAAAUGUAUUGCCUUAUUUAUCUUUCAUGGUAUUUAUUUUUCUUGUGAUUUUGUGCUUUGUGUUUAUAUUGUCUUGCGUUUUAAGUGUAAAAAUUGUACAUGGUGUUCUUUUCCUUUUGAUGUUUGAAUAAGGUGUAAUUCUGUCUCUGACGUCACUUCAGGGUUUUGAGAGAUUUAUUUAAAUGAAUCAAUGAAAGCAAACUCUCAGAAAAGUCCCAGAAUGCUACAGAUCCUGUAGGAUGAUAAAAAGCAUAUUUUUCUGGGGAACGAUGGAGGCACAAAGGGUGUGUUUUAUAUUAUUGGACUGAAACGCCAGCUUCUUUCUCCUGCACAUGGACACAUGCAUGACUGCCAAGAAGUUUGGCACCCGCCCUGAAAGUGCCUCCAUUCAGAAGGAUGGAAAAAUGAAAAAUAAAUUAAGGAAAAAAGGAUUUACAGGCUUUAAAGUACAGUAGAGACUGAGAGAGAAGAAGAGCAAAUUAAAAUGCGGACAGAACAACACCACAUGACAGAGACAGAACCAGUGAUCUGUGUAUAUGUUGGAGCAGCUUGGUUCACCAGGAGACUCGAACAAAAAAAAUGUUAACAGUCAUAGCAUAAACAGAAAAUGUAGAAUUGAUGUUUCAUGUUCAUGUUUUAUAUGAAGAGGUAAAUCCUGCCAUCAGUGAUUUGAACCUUGUGUAUUGUGUGAGUUAUAAUUUUCUUUGUUUUGCCUUUUAUUGUAAAUCUGGUUUUUAUUAAUGGACUUUGAACCUUGAAUAAAGUGUUUUGGAAGA